AGGUAUGAUAUCAGUAUGACGUUAUCCUUCUCUCUGCCCUGAGAAUGUACGAGGUGAUGCAGGGAGACACUACCACCCUGUCCUGGAGGCUACCCAGCCCAGGCCACAACGACGGCCCACAACAGAGCCCCUUCAGUGGGGAGGGAAGGCCCACCAAGAUCCUCAAAGUCUGUUUCUCCACCAACAACACCUUUGGGAAGAACUUCAAGCUGGUCAAGUGCGACAGCUCCUGGAAGAUCAGGGUGAUUAACUACACUUUGACCAGCUGCUGACGUCAAAAGGGAUUUACAUUAAUACGUUUGAUUGAUUUAUUGAUUGGCUGAUUGGUUGGUUGAUGGGUUGAUUCAGUGACUUUUUGAUUGAUUGACGGAUGGAUCGAUUGAGGAACUGUUGUAGGAAAUGAAGUGUGCUACUGUUCAUGAUGUGUACAACCCCUUGGAGUUAGAUAUGGACUGUUUACUACAGUUUUUUUUGUAAUAAGACAUUUAUUUAUCGUCAAUUCUACACAGAAGUCACUUCGUUACUUAGUUACUGAGCUGUAACAUAGUUUGUGUAUUUACACUUCCAUAACUCAACUAGCAUCUCAGACUAGCCCCCAAAAUAAAUGUUUCUGUUUCGAAACUGCCCUUUAGCCAGUGAUAGCACAACUCUCAUUGACACUGCUUUUUUAGACUUGGGUUAGCCUUUAUGCAGUGAUAUCUGACUCUCUCUCCUCCAGGCUAUAGUGCAGUCUAUCCUGACCAGUGGUAGGUUGGGCCCUAACAUCCUGUAUAAAGGCUGCUAUGGCCUGCUGCUGAAGCACCUCAAGUCAGAUGAGCUCCACUGGCUCCAUCCAGACCUGACCGUGGAAGAGGUGGAGCAACGCUAUGAGAGUCACCACGUGGAGGCCGAGUGGAGGUGAGAGGAGGGGUGGAGGGGGUGGGGACAAGCGGUGGAGGAGGUGGAGGCGGAGAGACGGGUGGAGGAGGGGUGGGACAGGGAUGGAGGAGGGGUGAGACAGGGAGGAGUGGGACAGGGAUGCAGGAGGUGGAGAAUGGGAGACGGAUGCUGAUUACUCUCCUUGCCAUUAUCAUUCACCAUAUGACAAGACAAGACGUGUAAUAAUGAUUUUUUGCUAAGGUAUGAAGAGGACCAUGGGUUGCUUGUUUGUCACCAAUAUUCUGUCCAUAUGAACACAUGUAUAUACAAUAUUCUGCCCAUGUGAACACAUGUAUAUACAAUAUUCUGCCCAUGUGAACACAUUUAUUUUAGGGCAUAAGUGAACCAAUAUAUGACAGCCUUCAGGUUUAAAGGAGUUUCCUAAUGGAGCCACCAGCCAGCCGCCGUUCCCCAGCCAAUCGCGCACACACGGGCGCACACGCGAACGAAAAGUGUCGCAGACAAAUGAGUUUGUUUCUGCUUUAGCCUUCACUGUAAAAUAUAACGCUUUGCGGUGCUGCGUCGGGUUUGCCUGGGAGGGGGUCGCUGACCAAGAAAAGGUUGAAGACUCCUACUCUAAAGCAGUUGUAUGUUCAUCAGUUGAAGACUCCUACUCUAAGCCAUGGGUAUUUUCAUCUCUCCCCAGGUAUGACCUGAGAGUACGCUACAUUCCAGUCAACUUCCUGGAAAAGUUCAAAGAAGACAGUACCACAUUGCUGUAUUUUUAUCAACAGGUACGGUAGGCAAUGUUAGACCACCCCAGCCAACCACCCUACUUUUGUUUUUGCCUUAAGUAACCAUCUGUCUUGUGUAACCAUACCAACCGUUAAAACAUAUCACACUGAUUUGAGUGUCCCCCGGAUUUACAUUUACUAUGUUACGUCUGUUCUAUGAGACCGGGCUGAGUGACUUCAUACAGAUAACAGUUAACGUGUUCUGUCCGUGUUGCCUGUGUUAGGUGCGCAGUGACUACAUGCAGUAUCAUGCCAGUAAAGUCAGUGACGGGAUGGCCCUUCAGCUGGGCUGCCUGGAGAUCAGGUGAGGUUGGGCUUUCCUUAUAUAUCCAUUUACAUUACAUUUUAGUCAUUUAGCAGACGCUCUUAUCCAGAGCGACUUACAGUUAGUGAAUACAUAUUUUUUUAUACUGGCCCCCCAUGGGAAAUGAACCCACAACCCUGGCGUUGCAAACGCCAUGCUCUAUCAACUGAGCUACAUCCCUGCCGGCCAUUCCCUCCCCUACCCUGGACGACGCUGGGCCAAUUGUGCGCCGCCCAUGAGUCUCCCGGUCGUGGCCGGCUGCGACAGAGCCUGGAUUCGAAUCAGGAUCUCUAGUGGCACAGUUAGCACUGCGAUGCAGUGCCUUAGACCACUGCGCCACUCAGGAGGCCAUGUGUAGACACCAUCAAACAUCACAUUGGGUUUGUCCAUAGAGCUUAGUUGUUGUAUACAUCAUGUUGUUCUAAAUCAAUUCAAAUUCAAGUUUAUUUGUCACAUGACAGAAUAAAAUGGGGUGUAAACCAUACAGUGAAAUGCUUACAAGCUCUUCCUCGACCACUGAGAACAUUUAAAUAGUAUCUUAAAGAAAAAUCAGGGUAACAUCAGUGAGUCAGAAAUAAAUAAAACACAGUCUUUAUCCGCUUCGUCCUCAGGAGGUUCUAUAAAGAUAUGAACGCUAAAGGUCUGGAGAAGAAGUCCAACUUUGAGUUGCUAGAGUAAGUACUUACAUUUUACAUGUUUGUUGUACCAACCUCAAUUCACAUAACUUUUCUAUCACAUUGGUUUCGAUAGAUUUUUUAUUUUUUUUAUUCUAACUGAUCUCUCUGAAUGUGAUUUAUUUGGACCAAUGAAGGAAGGACGUGGGGCUGAACCUGUUCUUUCCACAGGAGCUCAUUGACCGCAUGAAGGUACAUUUAUGCAUUUUGAUAUCCACAUGAUCGUUUUAAAAUAUUACUGGAAGUUUCUACUAACAUAAAUUAAGUUGUUAAUGAGCCUAACUGUAACUAUUCCGUCAACAAAGAUCAUUUCUGAUAAUUUCUAUGCUAGCAGCGUUGUUCACCCUGCAAAAAAAAAAUAAUCGACUUGUUUACUAUUUGACGUCGUAGUAAAAUAGGGUUAUGAAAGUGUUGUCUAAUGUUGUGAUGUUCUGUCCCAGGCUCGUCCCCUUCGGAAGAUGAUCACGCAGACGUUCCAACAGUACGCUACUCUGAAGGAGGAGGAGUGCAUGGUUCGCUUCUUCAAAACGCUCACAGAAUUCAUCAACAUUGACGAGGAGGUCUACCCCUGCGAACUGGUGGUGAGUGUUGCUUUUGGCUUUACAGACAAGAAAAUUAGGAAGGUCUGCACUCAGGUAUUUGCAGUCAGUACACAGCAAAUACCUGAAUGAGGUCCAGUCAGUACACAGCAAAUACCUGAGUGAGAUCCAGUCAGUACAAAGCAAAUACCUGAAUGAGGACUUUCUUCGUUUUCCUAAAUAACUGAUUACUUUUGGAUCACGGCACCACAAAUGAUUGUAUGAGUCUGAAUUUUGUCAAGAAAUGAAAGUUAAGUUGCAACCCAACUAUGUGUCCACAGCAAGGCUGGAGUCUGUCAGUAGAGCUGGUGAUUGGAGCCAGGGGCAUUCGCCAACGCACCCAUAAAGACUCAGCGGUAAGCAGGAUGUUAUGGUUGUUGCCAUUUGUUCAUUUUCAAUGCAUGGUCGUGAACGAUUUCUGGCCGUGAUUCUCAUGUUCUUCAUGUCCCAUCCCCAAGCUUGUGCUGGGUCCGGGAUGAAGCUUCUCCAAGGUAUAGAUCUAGGAUCAGCUUCCACUCCCUUGAUCCUUACCUCAACCAUUAGUAUGGAAAAUGCUAAACUGAACCAAGGUCAGCGUCUACUGGGCAAUGUGUGGGAAAUGUACUCGCUACUACUGUGAUAUGUUGUUGUCUCACCUAGCUGAAGAGGAAUGCACUAACUGUAAGUCGCUCUGGAUAAGAGCGUCUGCUAAAUGACUUAAAAUGUAAAUGUAACUUCUCCCCGCACUACACUCUUAGAAAAAAAAGUGCUAUCUAGAACCUAAAACUGUUCUUCGGCUGUCCCCAUAGGAGAACCCUUUGAAGAACCCUUUUUGGUUCCAGGUAGAACCCUUUUUGGUUCCAGGUAGAACCCUUUUGUGUUCCAUGUAAUUCCCUUUACACAGAGGGUUCUACAUGGAAUCCAAAAGAGUUCUACCUGGAACCAAAAAGGGUUCUUCAAAGGGUUCUCCUAUGGAGGCAGCCGAAGAACACUUUUGGAACCCUUUUUUUUCUGAGAGUGUAGAGGUUGACACGGGAGUGAAAAUCCAUUCCUGUCCCGUCUUGUCCUGUCAAAUGUUUUCCCAUACUGUCCUGUUUCGGCAACAGUUAUGUAACCACUGAACUUUCCUGUUCUGUCCCUAUAAAAUCACUCCCGUCCCGUACUAAUUUUUACGCACAGAAAUCAGAAAUGCAAAAAAUCAGCUCUGCAUGUGACUAGCCAUAGUUACUGCUCCGUUUGAAUGCUGCUCAGCGCUCACCAGACAGUAGCCUGCCCUACACACAGCUGGUAACAAACACAUUACCAGUUUUGCAAUGAAGGCAGCCCUUCUACUUACUCAGAGUCGGAUGAACUAAACUCCCCUCUUGAAGGCUUCAUCAUUCACUGACGUACGUUGGCAUCUGAGGUACCGGUAAAGUAGUGACUGCGCAGUGGCCAUGGCUACAACUGGAGCGAGGUGCGAGAGUGAGCUGAUGGAAGGGGAGAAAUUACAUUAAAAAUAAAAUAAUAUUAAGUAAACUAUAUUAGGAAUACACACAGUUUUUUUGUUUUGUUUAUAAAAUGUUCCACACAUUACAUACUCCCCCCCCCCCCCCCACCCCAAAAAUACCCUCCGUUUAUAACUAUUCCUGUAUUGCCCGUCCUGUGCACUGUCGAGCAUGUCCCAAACUUGAUCCAGAAUCCCGCAGGACCCCCAAGAGUCAACACAUUUUUUUUUUUACCCUUUUUUCUCCCCAAUUUUGAUCUUGACGCAUCGCUGCAACUCCCCAACAGUCUCGGAGGCGAAUGUUGAGUCAUGUUUCCUCCGGAACAACACCCGCCCGCCAGCCUUACCAAUGUGUCAGAGGAAACACCAUUUACCUGACAACCGGGGUCAGCCUGCAGGCUCCCGGCCCACCACAAGGAGUCGCUAGAGCGCAAUGAGCCAUGUAAAGCCCCCUAGCCAAACCCUCCCAUAAUCCAGACGACACUGGGCCAAUUGUGCGCUGCCCUAUGGGACUCCCGAUCACAGCUGGUUGUGAUACAGCAUGAGAUUGAACCAGGGUCUGUAGUGACGCCUCUAGCACUGCGAUGCAGUGCCUUAGCUCACUGCGCCACUCGGGAGCCCUGUUCCCGGGAGUCUUGUUCCCGGGAGUCUUGUUCCCGAGAGAGUUCCUGCUCUCUCCUCGUCUGACCAUGUGUUCUCGCAUACCCCGAGAGCAUCUGGUCAGGGGGGUGGUGGCACAGGAAUCCUCAUCUCUCCCAAGUGGACAUUCUCUCUUUCUCCCCUGGCCCAUCUGUCUAUCUCCUCAUUUGAAUUCCAUGCUGUCACAGUCACUAGCCCAUUCAAGCUUAACAUCCUUAUCAUUUAUCGCCCUCCAGGUUCCCUUGGAGAGUUCAUCAAUGAGCUUGACGCCUUGAUAAGCUCCUUUCCUGAGGAUGGCUCACCCCUCACAGUUCUGGGUGACUUUAACCUCCCUACGUCUACCUUUGACUCAUUUCUCUCUGCCUCCUUCUUUCCACUCCUCUCCUCUUUUGACCUCACCCUCUCACCGUCCCCCCCUACUCACAAGGCAGGCAAUACGCUUGACCUCAUCUUUACUAGAUGCUGUUCUUCUACUAAUCUCACUGCAACUCCCCUCCAAGUCUCCGACCACUACUUUGUAUCCUUUUCUCUCUCGCUCUCCUUAAACACUACUAACUCUGCCCCUACUCAGAUGGUAAUGCGCCGUCGCAACCUUCGCUACUCUCUCCAUCCUAUCAUCUCUUCCCUCUGCUCAAGCCUUCUCCCUCCAAUCUCCUGAUUCUGCCUCCUCAACCCUCCUCUCCUCCCUUUCUGUAUCCUUUGACUCUCUAUGUCCCCUAUCCCCCGGCAGGCUCGGUCCUCCCCUCCUGCUCCGUGGCUUGACGACUCAUUACGAGCUCACAGAACAGGGCUCCGGGCAGCCGAGCGGAAAUGAGGGAAACUAGACUCCCUGCAGACCUGGCAUCUUUUCACUCCCUCCUCUCUACAUUUUCUUCCUCUGUUUCUGCUGCUAAAGCCACUUUCUACCACUCUAAAUUCCAAGCAUCUGCCUCUAACCCUAGGAAGCUCUUUUCCACGUUCUCCUCCCUGCUGAAUCCUCCUCCCGCUCCCCCUCCCCCCCCCCCCUCCUCCCUCUCUGUGGAUUACUUCGUCAACCAUUUUGAAAAGAAGGUUGACGACAUCCGAUCCUCGUUUGUUAAGUCAAAUGACACCGCUGGUCCUGCUCACACUGCCCUACCCUAUGCUUUGACUUCUUUCUCCCCUCUGUCUCCAGAUGAAAUCUUGCGACUUGUGACGGCCGGCCGCCCAACAACCUGCCCGCUUGACCCUAUCCCCUCCUCUCUUCUCCAGACCAUUUCCGGAGACCUUCUCCCUUACCUCACCUCGCUCAUCAACUCAUCCUUGACCGCUGGCUAUGUCCCUUCCGUCUUCAAGAGAGCGAGAGUUGCACCCCUUCUCAAGAAACCUACACUCGAUCCCUCCGAUGUCAACAACUACAGACCAGUAUCCCUUCUUUCUUUUCUCUCCAAAACUCUUGAGCGUGCCGUCUUUAGCCAACUCUCUUGCUAUCUCAAAAUGACCUUCUUGAUCCAAACCAGUCAGGUUUCAAGACUGGUCAUUCAACUGAGACUGCUCUUCUCUGUGUCACGGAGGCUCUCCGCACUGCUAAAGCUAACUCUCUCUCCUCUGCUCUCGUACUUCUAGACCUGUCUGCUGCCUUUGAUACUGUGAACCAUCAGAUCCUCCUCUCCACCCUCUCCGAGUUGUGCAUCUCCGGUGCGGCUCACUCUUGGAUUGCGUCCUACCUGACAGGUCGCUCCUACCAGGUGGCGUGGCGAGAAUCUGUCUCCGCACCACAUGCUCUCACCACUGGUGUCCCCCAGGGCUCAGUUCUAGGCCCUCUCCUAUGCUCCCUAUACACCAAGUCACUUGGCUCUGUCAUAUCCUCACAUGGUCUCUCCUAUCAUUGCUACGCAGACGACACACAAUUAAUCUUCUCCUUUCCCCCUUCUGAUAACAAGGUGGCGAAUUGCAUCUCUGCAUGUCUGGCAGACAUAUCAGUGUGGAUGACGGAUCACCACCUCAAGCUGAACCUCGGCAAGACGGAGCUGCUCUUCCUCCCGGGGAAGGACUGCAUGUUCCAUGAUCUCGCCAUCACAGUUGACAACUCCGUUGUGUCCUCCUCCCAGAGUGCAAAGAGCCUUGGCGUGACCCUGGACAACACCCUAUCGUUCUCCGCUAACAUCAAGGCGGUGACCCGAUCCUGUAGGUUCAUAAUAAUAAAAUAAAUAAAUAAAAUAAUAUGCCAUUUAGUAGACGCUUUUAUCCAAAGCGACUUACAGUCAUGCGUGCAUACAUUUUUCUGUAUGGGUGGUCCCGGGGAUCGAACCCACUACCUUGGCGUUACAAGCGCCGUGCUCUACCAGCUGAGCUACAGAGGACCACGCUUUACAACAUUCGCAGAGUAGGACCCUGCCUUAGACAGGAAGCGGCACAGGUCCUAAUCCAGGCACUUGUCAUCUCCCGUCUGGAUUACUGCAACUCGCUGUUGGCUGGGCUCCCUGCCUGUGCCAUUAAACCCCUACAACUCAUCCAGAACGCCGCAGCCUGUCUGAUGUUCAACCUUCACAAGUUCUCUCACGUCACCCCGCUCCUCCGCACACUCCACUGGCUUCCAGUUGAAGCUCGCAUCUGCUACAAGACCAUGGUGCUUGCCUACGGAGCUGUGAGGGGAACGGCACCUCCAUACCUUCAGGCUCUGAUCAGUCCCUACACCCAAACGAGGGCAUUGCGUUCAUCCACCUCUGGCCUGCUGGCCCCCCUACUUCUACAGAAGCACAGUUCCUGCUCAGCCCAGUCAAAACUGUUCGCUGCUCUGGCACCCCAAUGGUGGAACAAGCUCCCUCACGACGCCAGGACAGCGGAGUCACUCACCACCUUCCGGAGACACUUGAAACCCCACCUCUGUAAGGAAUACCUGGGAUAGGAUAAAGUAAUCCUUCUACCCCCCCUUACCCCCCCCCCCCCCCCCCCCCCCCCAAAAAAUAAAAUAAAAUAAACAUAUUGUAAAGUGGUUCUCCCACUGGCUAUCAUAAGGUGAAUGCACCAAUUUGUAAGUCGCUCUGGAUAAGAGCAUCUGCUAAAUGACGAAAAUGUAAAUGUAAAUGUUGUUGCCGGGAGUCCUAUUCCUGUGUCAACCUCUAGCCGACACCUGUGGCUCUUAAGUGUUGUUUCUCUCUCAUCCCCAGGCUGUGUGUCUAGCGGACUUCAAACAGAUCAAGAGCAUCAAGUGUUUAUCUCAGAGUGACGGCAAAGCCCUCCUCAACCUGGACAUAGAUGGAGCCAGACAGGUACACAAUAAAAUAGAUAUAGAAAAACUUUAUUAGUACUGCUUAAUCAGGACAUAGACGGAGCCAGACAGACAGUGAGGCCUGGGCCAAUAUUCACAAAGACUCUCAGAGUAGGAGAACAGUGUUGCCUUUUAGAUCAUAAUGAAUAAGGUUAAAUGGACAGGGGGAACCUGAUCUUAGAUCAUAAUGAAUACGGUUAUAUGGACAGGGGGAACCUGAUCCUAGAUCAUAAUGAAUAAGGUUACAUGGACAGGGGGAACCUGAUCUUAGAUCAUAAUGAAUAAGGUUAUAUUGACAGGGGGAACCUGAUCUUAUAUGAUAAUGAAUAAGGCUACAUGGACAGGGGGAACCUGAUCUUAGAUCAUAAUGAAUAAGGUUAUAUGGACAGGGGGAACCUGAUCCUAGAUCAUAAUGAAUAAGGUUACAUGGACAGGGGGAACCUGAUCUUAGAUCAUAAUGAAUAAGGUUAUAUUGACAGGGGGAACCUGAUCCUAGAUCAUAAUGAAUAAGGUUACAUGGACAGGGGGAACCUGAUCUUAGAUCAUAAUGAAUAAGGUUAUAUUGACAAGGGGAACCUGAUCUUAGAUCAUAAUGAAUAAGGUUACAUGGACAGGGGGAACCUGAUCCUAGAUCAUAAUGAAUAAGGUUAUAUGGACAGGGGGAACCUGAUCUUAGAUCAUAAUGAAUAAGGUUACAUGGACAGGGGGAACCUGAUCCUAGAUAAUAAUGAAUAAGGUUACAUGGACAGGGGGAACCUGAUCUUAAAUCAUAAUGAAUAAGGUUAUAUUGACAGGGGGAACCUGAUCUUAGAUCAUAAUGAAUAAGGUUACAUGGACAGGGGAACCUGAUCUUAGAUCAUAAUGAAUAAGGUUACAUGGACAGGGGGAACCUGAUCUUAGAUCAUAAUGAAUAAGGUUAUAUUGACAGGGGGAACCUGAUCUUAGAUCAUAAUGAAUAAGGUUAUAUUGACAGGGGGAACCUGAUCUUAGAUCAUAAUGAAUAAGGUUAUAUGGACAGGGGGAACCUGAUCUUAGAUCAUAAUGAAUAAGGUUAUAUUGACAGGGGGAACCUGAUCUUAGAUCAUAAUGAAUAAGGUUAUAUGGACAGGGGGAACCUGAUCCUAGAUCAUAAUGAAUAAGGUUACAUGGACAGAGGGAACCUGAUCUUAGAUCAUAAUGAAUAAGGUUAUAUUGACAAGGGGAACCUGAUCUUAGAUCACAAUGAAUAAGGUUACAUGGACAGGGGGAACCUUAUCUUAGAUCAUAAUGAAUAAGGUUAUAUGGACAGGGGGAACCUGAUCCUAGAUCAUAAUGAAUAAGGUUACAUGGACAGGGGGAACCUGAUCUUAGAUCAUAAUGAAUAAGGUUAUAUGGACAGGGGGAACCUGAUCUUAGAUUCUAACUAGAGACAUUAUGAAUACAGGCCCUGAAUUCUAACUAGAGACAUUAUGAAUGCAGGCCCUGAAUUCUAACUAGAGACAUUAUGAAUACAGGCCCUGAAUUCUAACUAGAGACAUUAUGAAUACAGGCCCUGAAUUCUAACUAGAGACAUUAUGAAUACAGGCCCUGAAUUCUAACUAGAGAGCUGUGUCCUUAAGUCUUUUUGUUUUUACAUAACAUUUUGAUUGAUGUGAUCGUUGAGUUAAAUGCCUGCAUCUUACCCUGAAAGCCUAUCCGUCUAUGACCCCUAUGACAUUAUAAUGUUAUAAAGUGUUUGUAUUGUAAUUGUGAUUGUAAUUGUAGUAAUUGUGAGUAAUGUGAAUCAUUUGUAUCUUCUUGGUCAGCCUCUGUCUAUCAACGUGACUAAGUUUGCGAUAGCAGAAAACAUGGUGGACCUUAUUGACGCUUACUGUCGCUUGGAGCACGCCACUGACGAGUCGUUCAUCUCUAGACCAAAUAAAGGUAAGGGGGAUCAGGAAGUCCACCCUGUGUAUAUAAUGGUAAGGGGGAUACACUGAAAGAGUGCAUCACAAUGUGGUCCUCUGUAGCUCAGCUGGUAGAGCACGGCGCUUGUAACGCCAAGGUAGUGGGUUCGAACCCCGGGACCACCCAUACACAAAAAAAAUGUAUGCACGCAUGACUGUAAGUCGCUUUGGAUAAAAGCGUCUGCUAAAUGGCAUAUUAUUAUUAUUAUUAUUACAAUGGUCUAACUUGGUUUCCUCAUCCCUCGUAAGUCUAUUGAACCAACGUGACUUCUUUUGUGACCCAUAGAUGCCAAUUUACGAAGUUCCCUACCAGACCUACCCACGAAGUGAGUGGAUUCACUUUCUCUUGGUUGAACAAGGCUUCAUAUUUUUGGCUUUUGUGUAAUUUCCACAUCAAGUCAUUAUACUGAAACCAAACUGUAAUAUUUAGUACUUGUUGGAACAUGGGAUGUACUGUCCAUGAGGCUGUCAGAUAAAUGUAUACAAGAGACAGGUAGUGUUAUUGUAACAGUGUGCCUGGUGUAUUGAGGAGCUACCUCAAACCCAGGAUUAAUGAUCUUCUCCUCUCCUCCUCUGGCUGUAGUCAAACAGAGAACACAGGCUCCUUCAGAUAUAGCAUGGGUGAGUUGUCAUCUACCACGACUGUCUUCAUCUUUGUUUUACAAAUAUCAUGAUUAAUUUGUCAGUACAGUGGCUGUGUUGAAUUGUUUGAAACUAAUAGUGAAGGACAGUGGCUGUGUUGAAUUGUUUGAAACUAGAAGUGUAGGGGCAUGGCUACACUGUAUGUUUCAAGUUGACCCAUCUGUUUUUACCACAAACUGACAUCCUCAAAUAUUGUCCAUCAUUCAGAAUCUGAUAUCUACGCUGAGAUUGACGAACGCCCAAAGUCUGGUAAGUAGAGACGUACGCUUUAUCAGGAUGGGAUACAUUUAUAGUAUAGUAUCUAAGGAGACUGAUGUAGACGUUUACCGUCUAUACUCUAGGUUCUAUACUCUUUGUUCUAUAUUCCAUGUUCUAUACUCUAUGUUCUAUAUUAUAUGUGCUAUAUUCUAUGUUCUAAGCUCUAUGUUCUAUACUCUAUGUUCUAUAUUAUAUAUGCUAUACUCUAUGCUCUAUAUUAUAUGUUCUAUAUUCUCUAUUCUAUGCUCUAUAUUCUAUGUUCUAUACUCUAUGUUCUAUAUUCUAUGUUCUAUAUUCUAUGUUCUAUACUCUAUGUUCUAUAUUCUAUGUUCUAUAUUCUAUGUUCUAUAUUCUAUAUUCUAUAUUCUCUAUUCUCUAUUCUCUAUUCUAUGCGCUAUAUUCUAUUGUCUAUACUCUAUGGUCUAUAUUCUAGGUUCUAUACUCUAGGUUCUAUACUCUAGGUUCUAUACUCUUGGUUCUAUUUUGUAUGUUCUAUACUCUAGGUUCUAUACUCUAGGUUCUAUACUCUAGGUUCUAUACUCUAUGUUCUAUGGUCUAUAUUCUAUGUUCUAUGUUCUAUGUUCUAUAUUCUAUAUUCUAUAUUCUAUAUUUGAUGUUCUAUAUUCUAUAUUCUAUAUGUAAUGUUCUAUAUUCUAUACUCUAUAUUCUAUGUUCUAUACUUUAUGUUCUAUACUCUAUAUUCUAUACUCUAUAUUCUAUAUUCUAUACUACAUUUUCUCACGGUGUUGUUGUGUACUUGGUUCCAGUGGUGAAGUAUGUAAUCGACCGACAUGACAUUGUUCUGGGACGGAUCCUUGGCGAGGGGUUUUUCGGGGAGGUCUAUGAAGGAAUGUACAAAAAAUCGGCAAGUAUAUCUCCCGACACCCUACUCCCACAGUCAAUUAUAACACCUCAAAUGUUCCUAACUAGGCAAAAUAUUUAUCACACUAAAGUGUGUGUGUGACUGGUCUCUGUGUGUGUGUGUGUGUGUGUGUGUGUGUGUGUGUGUGUGUGUGUGUGUGUGUGUGUGUGUGUGACUGGUCUCUCUGUGUGUGUGUGUGUGUGUGUGUGUUGUGUGUGUGUGUGUGUUGUGACUGGUCCUCUGUGGUGGUUGUGUGUGUGUGUGUGUGUGGUGUGUGGGUGUGUGUGUUGUGUGUGUGUUGUGUGUGUGUGUGUGUUGUGUGUGUGUGUGUGUGUGGUGUGACUGGGUCUCGUGUGUGUGUGUGUGGUGUGUUUGUGUGUGUGUGUUGUGUGUUUGUGUUGGUUGUGUGUGUGUGUGUGUGUGUGUGUGACUGGUCUCUGUGUGUGUGGGUGUUGGGUGUGUGUGUGUGGUUGCUGGUGUGUGUGUGGUGUGUGUGUGUGUGGUUGUGUGUGUGGUGUGUGUGUGUGUGACUGGUUGUGUGUGUGUGUGUGUGUGCUGGUUGUGUGUGUUUGGGUGUGUGUGUGUGUGUGUGUGUGGGUGACUGGUCUCUGGUGUGUUUGUGUGUGUGUGUGGGUUUGGUGUUGUGUGUUGUGUGUGUGUGUGUGUGUGUGUGGUGGUGUGUGACUGGUCUCUGUGUUGUUUGUGUGUUGUGUGACUGGUUCUUGUGGUGUGUUGUUGUGUGUGUGUGUGUGUGUGGACUGUGUUGUGUGUUGUGGUGUGACUGGUCUCUGUGUGUGUGUGUGUGUGGUGUGUGUGACUGGUCUCUGUGUGUUGGUGUGUGUGUGUGCUGGUCCUGUGUUUGUGUGUGUUGGUGUGUUGACUGGUCGUGUGUGUGUGUGUGUGUGACUGGUCUCUGUGUGUGUGUGUGUGUGUGUGUGUGUGUGUGUGUGUGUGACUGGUCUCUGUGUGUGUGUGUGUGACUGGUCUCUGUGUGUGUGUGUGUGUGUGUGUGUGUGACUGGUCUCUGUGUGUUUGUGAACCAGAAUGGGGAGAGGCUAAGCGUGGCGGUGAAGACUUGUAAAGACUGUUCACCUGACGUCAUGGAGAAGUUUAUGAGUGAAGCAGGUACAGUAGACAUCAAAUACUGAUCACACUUCUUCAGCACUUCUCCACCUCACUGGUCUUCCCUGAGAUUGGAAGGUUGGGAGUUCAAUCCUCAGCCAAGUCAUACACUCUCAGAAAAAAAGGGUUCUACGACUGUCCCCAUAGGAGAACCCUUUUUGGUUCCAGGUAGAACUCUUUUGGGUUCCAUGUAGAACUCUGGGGAAAGUUGUUCUACAUGGAACCCAAUAAGGUUCUACCUGGAACCAAAAGGGUUCUUCAAAGGGUUCUCUGAUGGGGACAGCCAAAUAACCCUUUUAGGUUCUAGAUAGCACCUUUUUUUCUAAGAGUGUACCAAAGACAAAAAAUGGGACCGAUUAGUCUUUGCUUGGCACUCAGCUUUACGGAGGUAGAUUCGGGGUAAGGCCCUGCGUCCUCUCCAGGGGGUAUACUUGUACAUCAAGCUGCUUCACGCUACAUAAACAGGAGAUGGGCUUCUGCUCCUAUGAGCAAGUCAGUUGUGGAUCGAUUAAACUGGGCCCUUGUCUGUUCAUUCUCCUGCAUUAUUUAAACCUUAAAACCAAGCACUGAGGACCAGUUGCUGUAUUUAUUCAAUGAGGAAUUCUAAGUGCCUGGAAACUCAGGGAUUUUGAGUCAAUUAUUUAAAAAAAUGUACACUUCGUGAUCACUUUCAUGAAUAAGCAUCAACAAACCACAUAAAUAGUAUAGAAAUAAUACAUCUUAUGUCCAAUGCAGCCAUUUUUCUCUCAAUAUCAAAUCAUUUCUGGGUAACAUUUAAGUACCUUACUGAGAUUGUUUUCAACUAAAAUGGUCAAAAAGAAACCAAAUAGCAUCUUAGCAAAGAGCAAUUUCUCAAGUAAGAAUUUUACUAGGACUGUCUGGGAGUGGUCUGAGUGGGGAGGGGACAACUGAAAACUAGCUGUUAUUGGCUGAGAGGUUUGGAACUCUCUUUCUUAUUGGUCUAUUAACUAAUUUAUCACCUGGUGAGGCGUUUUCCCACCAAAACAGGCUGAAAUCGCAGCCGGUCUUUUCAAACAGCUCUUACAACAAAAGGGCAUUAUCAUAAUUUUACGAUUUCACAGUAUUAUUCCCACCACCUAGUGUGAAUAUAUAUAUAUCAAAUAUGAAAAUCAAGUUUUUUUUUAUUGGAUUGGGACUUUAAUAAGUAAGUGUGUCUCCCUCUCAUAAGUAGCCUUCAUAUGAAAAUUGAAGGAAAACUUUAACAGUUAAACGUAUCCAUUCUCCAGUGAUCAUGAAGAACCUGAACCACCCCCACAUCGUCAGUCUGAUCGGCGUCAUUGAGGAAAACCCCGUAUGGAUCGUCAUGGAGCUCUACCAGUAUGGGGAGGUAAGAGACCGACAGCCAUGUUACAUGUUAUUUAAGCCAGGAUUUUAUAAACUUCACUUAUUGGUUAAUUUUCUUUGUCAGACCUGGGAUACCAAUCUAGCAAUCCCUUCAAUUGCUGACCAGCUUAUCUAAGCUCUAGGCCAGCCACACUCAACUGGCGGAUCGUGUUCUGGAUGCGGACCCAGAACGGGGACAAUACGGACAACUUAAUGAUAAAACAAUAAACAAAAUGUAGGAACUCUUGAGAGUUGUAAUAGUAGAAAUUGGGUAGUGCAUAUGCAGUUUUCCUCUUGUUAUGUCAUUCACUGAACAGACCUUAAAGAGCUAUUUAUAACCUGUCAGAAAUGUCCAGUUGAUCAACUAGCACAUGUCAGCUAGAUAGGGAAGUUAGGCUAACCAGCGAUCUAAACGUUGUAGUUAUCAUGGCCAGAUUAUGUGAGCAGGAGGCUCGACCCCCCCCAGGGGCCCCUACUGAUGUUGUAGUUAUCAUGGCCAGAUUAUGUGAGCAGGAGGCUCGACCCCCCCAGGGGCCCCUACUGAUGUUGUUGAAUCACCAGUAUCAUAUAAACACACAUAAGACACAGCAACGUGUAGAAUUGCAGGAAAUGAGCUUUAAACUGCAACAUGUUCUCUCUUCCAAAAAGAAGUUUUGAACAGUUUGGGGUCGCGAGGUAGGAACAGUUUGGGGCGGUGGCAUUGGGUCGCGGAGGUGGAACAGUUGUGGGGUCGCGAGGUUAGGAACAGUUUGGGGUCGCGAGGUGAGGAACAGUUGGGGUCGCGAGGUGAGACAGUUUGGGGUCGCGAGGUAGAAGGGGCUGAACAGUUUGGGGUCGCGAGGUAGGAACAGUUUGGGGUGCGGGUAGGAACAGUUUGGGGUCGCGAGGUGGAACAGUUUGGGGUCGCGAGGUAGGAACAGUUUGGGGUCGCGAGGUAGGAACAGUUUGGGGUGGCGGGGUAGGAACAGUUUGGGGUCGCGAGGUAGGAACAGUUUGGGGUCGCGAGGUAGGAACAGUUUGGGGUGGCGGGGUAGGAACAGUUUGGGUGGCGAGGUAGGAACAGUUUGGGGUCGCGGGGUAGGAACAGUUUGGGGUGGCGAGGUGAGAACAGUUUGGGUGGCUAUGUAGGAACAAGUUGGGGGUCGCGAGGUGAGAACGUUUGGGGUCGCUAGGUAGGACCAGUUUGGGGUCGCGAUGUAGGAACAGUUUGGGUCUCGAGGUAUGAACAGUUUGGGGUCCGCGAGGUAGGAACGUUUGGGGGUCCCGAGGUCUGAACAGUUUGGGGUCGCGAGGUAGGGGUUUGUUACUACGCCGAUAAAUGACAGGAUCCAUCCCGACCUUUGCCACCUAGGACAUUUGUGUGACCGGACCGUCUCAUAUAGUAGAUGGGUUCCCCCGUCUCUAGGCUACCUGCCGUCUGCCAUCCCAUAAUUAUGUUAAUGUUGUCUUCCAGCUUAAGAACUACCUGACAGAGAACCAGAACAAGCUGACCAACAUAACGCUAGUUCUCUUCAGCCUGCAGAUCUGUAAAGCUCUAGUCUACCUAGAGGGAAUCAACAUGGUGCACAGGUAGGUCUAUCUAGACUAGAGGGAAUCAACAUGGUGCACAGGUAGGUCUAUCUAGAGGGAAUCAACAUGGUGCACAGGUAGGUCUAUCUAGAGGGAAUCAACAUGGUGCACAGGUAGGUCUAUCUAGACUAGAGGGAAUCAACAUGGUGCACAGGUAGGUCUAUCUAGAGGGAAUCAACAUGGUGCACAGGUAGGUCUAUCUAGAGGGAAUCAACAUGGUGCACAGGUAGAACAGCCAUCUUGACACCCAUAUCCCAUAUUGACCACCAUAUUCCUCUUCAGAAAACACAACUCUUCAUCAGACUCCUAGAUAUGUAAUACAUAGACAUCCAUCCAUCUUCCCUUUAACUCAGAACAAAGCAGAAACAACAACAAAAACCUACGUUCUUAUUGGAUGACUUCAGGUAGUACCUCCGUUUCAACUAACCCUGUUUAUUGUGUCCCAACAGAGACAUAGCGGUGAGGAACGUGCUGGUGGCCACAGCAGACUGUGUUAAGCUGGGAGACUUUGGCCUGUCCAGAUACAUCGAGGACGAAGAAUAUUACAAAGGUACGGAGUGGUUGGUGGUCGGUGUGUUCCACACAGGGGUACACCACUCUUCUGUGAAGCAUUAUGGGAACAUGGGCAGCGCCACCUCCAAGGAACCCCUAAACUGCUCAUUGGGCCCUGCGCUGCGGCUGCCCUCUGCUCCUGACUGUCCCGUGUUUUCGUUGUGUGUAUAUCGGAGAGGUUUAGGGAAAAGAGCAGAAGACAAAGUUUCCAUCUUAUAUGGAGUAAUAAUACAAGUAUAUCUGAAAUAGUGUCCCCGCACGUACUACAUAUAUACAGAGAUGACUGUUAUCUUUCUCAAUCGUUUCCACAGCCUCUGUGACUCGAUUACCUAUCAAAUGGAUGGCUCCAGAAUCCAUCAACUUCAGGCGAUUCACCACGGCAAGCGAUGUUUGGAUGUUCGGUAAGUCUGUCUUCCUUUUUUUGGGUGGGGGGGGGGGGGGCCGUAUCUCUCUCUCUCUCUCUCUGCUCUCUCGCCUCUCCUCUCUCUCUGUCUCUCUCUCUCUUCUCUCUCUCUCUAUGAUCUCUCUCUCUCUGUCUCUAUCUCUCUCUCUCUCUAUCUCUCGCCUCUCUCUGGCUCUCUUCCUCUCCUAUCAAACUUCAGGGCUUAACGUGUGUUAACAUUGCCAAAGCAAUUGAAGUAGAUAGUAAACAAAAGUGAAAUAAACAAUAAAUAUUAACAGUAAGCAUUACACUCAGAAGUUCCAAAAGAUAAAAUACAUUUCAAAUGUCAUAUUAUGUCUAUAUACAGUGUUGUAACAAUGUGCAAAUAGUUUAAAGUUACAAAUGGGGAAAAUAAAUACACAUAAAUAUGGGUUGUAUUUACAAGGGUGUUUGUUCUUCACUGGUUGCUUUUUUCUUGUGGCAACAGGUCACAAAUCUUGCAGCUGUGAUGGCACACUGUGGUAUUACACCCAGUAGAUAAGGAAGUUUAUCAAAAUUGGAUUUGUUUUUUAAUUCUUUGUGGAUCGCUGUAAUCUGUGGGAAAUAUGUGUCUCUAAUAUGGUUUAUACAUUUGGCAGGAAGGUUAGGAAGUGCAGCUCAGUUUCCCACCUCAUUUUGUGGGCAGUGUGCACAUAGCCUGUCUUCUCUUGAGAGCCAGGUCUGCCUACGGCGGCCUUUCUCAAUGGCAAGGCUAUGCUCAUUGAGUCUGUACAUAGUCAAAGAUUUCCUUAAGUUUGGGUCAGUCACAGUGGUCAGGUAUUCUGCCACUGUGUACUCUCUGUUUAGGGCCAAAUAGCUCUGUUUUUUUUAUAAUUCUUUCCAAUGUGUCAAGUAAUUAUCUUUUUGUUUUCUCAUGAUUUGGUUGGGUCUAAUUGUGUUGCUGUCCUGGGGCUCUGUGGGGUCUGUUUGUGUUUGUGAACAGAGCCCCAGGACCUGCUUAGGGGACUCUUCUCCAGGUUCAUCUCUCUGUAGGUGAUGGCUUUGUUAUGGAAGGUUUGGGAAUCGCUUCCUUUUAGGUGGUUGUAGAAUUUAACGGCUCUUUUCUGGAUUUUUAUCAUUACCGGGUAUCGGACUAAUUCUGCUCUGCAUGCAUUUUGUGAAUUCUUGGUUUGUGAGCGGACCCCAGACCUCACAACCAUAAAGGGCAUUCCGAUUCUUGUAGGGUGAGGCCGGGUGCUGCAGACUUUUCUAGUGCCCUCGCCAAUUCGUUGAUAUAUAUGUUGAAGGCUUAAGCUGCAUCCCUGUCUCACUCCACGGCCCUGUGGAAAGAAAUGUGUGUUGUUUCACUGAGGAAAUGUACAAGUCUUCUGUUAAUGAUAAUGGAGAGGAUUUUCCCAAGGUUGCUGUUGACACAUAUCCCACAGUAGUUAUUGGGGUCAAAUUUGUCUCCACUUUUGUGGAUUGGGGUGAUCAGUCCUUGGUUCCAGAUUUUGGAGAAGAUGCCAGAGCUAAGGAUGAUGUUAAAGAGUUUAAGUAUAGCCAAUUGGAAUUUGUGGUCUGUAUAUAUUUUAAUUUCAUUGAGGAUACCAUCAUCACCACAGGACUUUUUGGGUUGGAGGGUUUGUAUUUUGUCCUAUAGUUCAUUCAAUGUAAUUGGAGAAUCCAGUAGGUUCUAGUAGUCUCUCUCUCUCUCUCUCUUUCUCUCUCUCUCUCUCUCUCUAUCUCUCUCUCUCUCUCUCUCUCUCUCUCUCUGUAUCUCUCUCUCUCUCUCUCUCUCUCUCUCUCUCUCUGUAUCUCUCUCUCUGUCUGUAUCUAUGUGUAACUCCCCCCCCCCCCCCCCCUAGCGGUGUGUAUAUGGGAGAUCCUGAGCCAGGGACAGCAGCCUUUCUUCUGGUUAGAGAACCGUGAUGUCAUCAACCAGCUGGAGCAGGGCAUCAGACUUCCCAAACCUGACAACUGCCCCCCUGCCCUCUACUCCCUCAUGACCCGCUGCUGGUCCUACGACCCCCGCGACAGACCCUCCUUCACCGAGCUGGUCGUCAAGAUCAGGUACUCUAAUCUACCUGCAAUUGUCCCAUAAAGUAUUUUGAAUUGAAUUCAUUUGAAUAGUCUUGAGUUUUAGUUAUUCUUACUUCACUGAGCGAGUCGUCAAGAUAAGAUCCUACCCUGGCCUGGAUACUUGAAUGGACAAGACAUUACAAUACUGACAUGACCUUACAUAGAUCUAAGAGCAUAUUUGGUCAAGAUCAAGUACUGACGUGGCCUGUGCUGGACAUGUUCUGAGACGCUGGAUUAAAUACAAUAUAACCUUGUCCCCAGGCUCGAAUCGCUGGCACAUAGAGCCUGGUAACAGUGUGCCACAAAGUGGGACUUGAAAGGGUUGUGGUUUAGAGCCCUGCACGGCCAUGAAUUUUAAGCCUGAGCCCUACCCAUGCCUGCGACGUUCAGGCCCUAUCCGACCCAGGCCCAAUUGCUUCUGCCCAAAACCCGAAAUCAGAAAAAACAUCCUUCGUUUGUAAAUCCAUGAUCUGCUCCUCUCUGUCUGUCACUCGCUCCCUGUGCGCAGCUCGCUCUCAAUGAACUCCGCUAAUGGCGGCUCCGAGUAUCUCAGUAUCCAUAGCAACGGCUCCACUUGGGCUACUCUGCUCAACGAAAAGACAUUAGAGAGCAGUUAGCUGGUAGCUACUUUUCAACAAAACUCAACGAACGUUAUUAUUUUCUGUGAAAUAAUCUCUCCUGUCUUAUAUUUGACGAGGUUGAAGCACUUCUGACACCACGUUAUGAUCUUAGACAGAUAUCACUGUACUGCACAGCAGAGCACAAGCAAAUGGCUUCAUAAUGUUAGUGAUACCCGAGCCCUGCCCCUACCCUAGUCAUUGAUGGGGAAAAAACAGGCCCUACAUACGUAGAUCUACAGUGGUUCCUCAAUUAAAAGUAGCAUCAUACUGCAGUGGGGUAUGCCAUAUGCUGUGGUAUGCUUUAUGCUCUCCCGAGUGGCGCAGUGGUCUAAGGCACUGCAUCGCAGUGCUAGCUGUGCCACUAGAGAUCCUGGUUCGAAUCCAGGCUCUGUUGUAGCCGGCCGCGACCGGGAGACCCAUGGGGCGGCGCAUAAUUGGCCCAGCGUCGUCCAGGGUAGGGGAGGGAAUUGCCGGCAGGGAUGUAGCUCAGUUGGUAAAGCAUGGCGUUUGCAACGCCAGGGUUGUGGUUCAAUUCCCACAGGGGGCCAGUAUAAACAAAUAAAAUAAUGUAUGCACUAACUGUAGUCGCUCUGGAUAAGAGCGUCUGCUAAAUGACUGAAUGUAAAUGUAAUGCUGUGGUAGGGUAUGGUCCGUUACAGCGCUUGCCAUUAAUGCUCCUUUUAACCAACAGAGGGCAUGUUUAAGCACAUACAUUUACAUUUUUGUCAUUUAGCAGACGCUCUUAUCCAGAGCGACUUACAAGUUAGUGUGAGUGACAUACAUUAUAUUUAUUUUUUAUACUGACCCCCCGUGGGAAUCAACCCACAACCCUGGUGUUGCAAAACGCCAUUGCUCUAUCAACGAGCUCAUCCCUCCCGGCAUUCCCUCCCCCUACCUGGACGACGCUGUUGACAUGGCUCGGCCAUGUUGAAGUUACUGUUGAGUUGUUGACAUGGCUCGGCAUGUUGAAGUUACUGUUGAGUUGUUGACAUGGCUCGGCAUGUUGAAGUUACUGUUGAGUUGUUCACAUGGCUCGGCAUGUUGAAGUUAUUGUUGAGUUGUUGACAUGGCUCGGCAUGUUGAAGUUACUGUUGAGUUGUUGACAUGGCUCGGCAUGUUGAAGUUAUUGUUGAGUUGUUGACAUGGCUCGGCAUGAGGAGAGAGUUUUGUGUUUCUAGUCCUUGAGAUGUCCCUGGACACAGACAUCAAAAGGACUACAUCAGCAGCCACCCCUGUUAGGUGCUUGGACACUUUACGGUAAACAAACUAUACCUUGAUGGUUCCUCCAAAGGAAAGUAAAGCGACAAUCUAGAGUUGCCAAUCAGACAACUCAUAGCGCUGUCACUGGUUGUAAUAUCACAGCAGACAUGUUCGAUCAUUUCAAUGUCAAUGCCUGAUGUAACAGUGGAAUCUGACUGGAAUGGGAUCAAGCUAUUUCUCCCUUGCCCAGCAUGCCGCCUACUAAACUGUCUGUCUGUUCUGUAACAGCGACGUCCAUCGGAUGGAGAAGGAGCAGGAGGUGGAGAGAGAGAGAGACAGACAGCGCUCCACCAAGUUCUACGACACCAAGAUCAACUUCAACGAACCUCCCCCUAAGGUAGCGUCAUACAGUAUCUUCUUGAUGACCCCCCCCCCCCCCCCCCCCACCACCACCUUCUGCAUCAAUGCCUUUCUGUCGUAGCGUUGUAAGCAUUUGCAUGUAAGUUACUCAACGCUCGUCAUCGGUUCUGUCCCGUGUCUCCAGCCCUGCAGGAUGAAAUAUGGGAGUCGUUUUGGGAACAGUAUCGGUCUGCACAUUCAGCUGAAUGAGGCCCUGUGUGCCAGCUCUCCAGACCUGGUCAGUCCCUGUGACUACACCACUCCCAUUGACUCCAUGACCAACACCUUGAUGGUGCCCACGGUGUCUCCACGACGACGCAGCAUGGGGGUGAGACUAGUUAUCUAGUUCUAGUCUACUUCCUUCUAGACUAGUUAUCUAGUUCUAGUCUACUUCCUUCUAGACUCUAGUUAUCUAGGUCUAGUCUACUUCCUUCUAGACUAGUUAUCUAGUUCUAGUCUACUUCCUUCUAGACUCUAGUUAUCUAGGUCUAGUCUACUUCCUUCUAGACUAGUUAUCUAGUUCUAGUCUACUUCCUUCUAGACUAGUUAUCUAGUUCUGGUCUACUUCCUUCUAGACUCUAGUUAUCUAGUUCUGGUCUACUUCCUUCUAGACUCUAGUUAUCUAGUUCUAGUCUACUUCCUUCUAGACUCUAGUUAUCUAGUUCUAGUCUCGAGGACCAUCCCAGUCAUAUGUCCUUGCUCUUUAAAGCCUUGUGUUACUGCAAUAAGCCCAACAAGCAAGGCUGCUGUAUUACUUGCUCUGUACUAUAUGUAUGUGUGCGUGUGUCUGAAUGUGUGUGUGUGCGUGUGUGUCUGAAUGUGUGUGUGCGUGUGUCUGAAUGUGUGCGUGUGCGUGUGUGUCUGAAUGUAUGUGUGCAUGUGUGUCUGAAUGUGUGUGUGUGUGUGUGUGUCUGAAUGUGUGUGUGUGUGUCUGAAUGUGUGUGUGUGUGUGUCUGAAUGUGUGUGUGUGUGUCUGAAUGUGUGUGUGUGUGUGUCUGAAUGUGUGCGUUCCCUCCCACCAGGAGGGAGAGUUGAUCGUGGAGCCGUCCAGUAAGGAGGACGCCCAGCGGUUGUGGCAGAUGGAGAGACAGCGUAUGCAGGAGACGAUGAGACAACAGAAACAACAGAUGAUGGAGGACAACAAGUGGCUGACCAAGGAGGAAAGACUCCUGGUGGGGAAUACACCUCCGACCUCUACCCCCCUAGACCUAGCAACUCGCCCUAGCAACCACAACCUAUUCCACACUAGCAACCAAACCUUGUUGACCUAGUCAACCCUAGCAACCACCCACCUCUCCACCCUAACAAACAGUCCCCUAACAACAAAUGGCUGACCAAGGAGGAAAGGCUCCUAGUGGGGAAUAUACCUCCAACCUUUACCCCCCUAGAUCUAGCAACCCGCCCUAGCAACCACCCUAACAACCUCCUAACAACAAUUGGCUGACCAAGGAAGAGAAACUCCUGGUGGGGAAUAUACAGUUGAAGUCAGAAGUUUACAUACACUUAGGUUGUAGUCAUUAAAACUCGUUUUUCAACCACUGCACAAAUUUCUUGUUAACAAACUAUAGUUUUGGCAAGUCGGUUAGGACAUCUACUUUGUGCAUGACACAAGUAAUUUUUCCAACAAUUGUUUACAGACAGAUUAUUUCACUUAUAAUUAACUGUAUCACAAUUCCAGUGGGUCAGAAGUUUACAUACACUAAGUUGACUGUACCUUUAAACAGCUUGGGAAAUUCCAGAAAAUGAUGUCAUGGCUUUAGAAGUUUCUGAUAGGCUAAUUGACAUCAUUUGAGUAAAUUGGAGGUGUACCUGUGGGUGUAUUUCAAGGCCUACCUUCAAACGCAGUGCCUCUUUGCUUGACAUCAUGGGAAAAUCAAAAGAAAUCAGCCAAGACCUCAGAAAAAAAAUGGUAGACCUCCACAAGUCUGUUUCAUCCUUGGGAGCAAUUUCCAAACGCCUGAAGGUACCACGUUCAUCUGUACAAACAAUAGUACGCAAGUAUAAACACCAUGGGACCACGCAGCCAUCAUACCGCUCAGGAAGGAGACGCGUUCUGUCUCCUAGAGAUGAACGUACUUUGGUGCGAAAACUGCAAAUCAAUCCCAGAACAACAGCAAAGGACCUUGUGAAGAUUGCUGGAGGUAACAGGUACAAAGUAUCUAUAUCCACAGUAAAACGAGUCCUAUAUCGACAUAACCUGAAAGGCCACUCAGCAAGGAAGAAGCCACUGCUCCAAAACCACCAUAAAAAAGCCAGACUACGGAUUGCAACUUCACAUGGGGACAAAGAUUAUACUUUUGAAGAAAUGUCCUCUGGUCUGAUGAAACAAUAAUAGAACUGUUUGGCCAUAAUGACCAUCGUUAUGUUUGGAGGAAAAAGGGGGAUGCUUGCAAGCCGAAGAACACCAUCCCUACCGUGAAGCAAGGGGGUGGCAGCAUCAUGCUGUGGGGGUGCUUUGCUGCAGGAGGGACUGGUGCACUUCACAAAAUAGAUGGCAUCAUGAGGAAGGAAAAUGAUGUGGAUAUAUUGAAGCAACAUCUCAAGACAUCAGUCAGGAAGUUAAAGCUUGGUCGCAAAUGGGUCUUCCAAAUGGACAAUGACCCCAAGCAUACUUCCAAAGUUGUGGCAAAAUGGCUUAAGGACAACAAAGUCAAGGUAUUGGAGUGGCCAUCACAAAGCCCUGACCUCAAUCCUAUAGAAGAUUUGUGGGCAGAACUGUAAAAGCGUGUACGAGCAAGGAGGCCUACAAACCUGACUCAGUUACACCAGCUCUGUCAGGAGGAAUGGGCCAAAAUUCACCCAACUUGUUGUGCAAGGCUACCCAAAACGUUUGACCCAAGUUAAAACAUUUAAAGGCAAUGCUACCAAAUGCUAAUUGAGUGUAUGUAAACUUCUGACCCACUGGGAAUGUGAUGAAAGAAAUACCAGCUGAAAUAAAUCAUCUCUUUACUAUUAUUUGACAUUUCCACAUUCUUAAAAUAAAGUGGUGAUCCUAAACUGACCUAAGACAGGGAAUUUUUACUAGGAUUAAAUGUCAGGAAUUGUGAAAAACUGAGGUUUAAUGCAUUUGGGCUAAGGUGUAUGUAAACUUCUGACUUCCAACCUUUACACCCCUAGACAUAGUCCACCUGAACAGCCCAUUUACAAAUUACAAAGGCCCCCUAUCCACAAUGCACCUACCCUAUACGCCUAACCACCACGUUAGUCCAAACCUACACCAUCGUACUAACCCAACCGAGUCCCUCUACAACCACCGUAGUCCAUCCUAACAACCCUAGAUCCAUUCUAACACCACGUAGAACCAUCCCAUAAUCCAUCCUAACAACAUCCCAUAGUCAUCUAAAAACCAUCCCGUAGUCUAAACAACCAUCCCUACAUCCAUCUAAACCAUCCCGUAGUCCAUCCUAACACAUCCCGUAGUCCAUCCUAACAACCAUCCCUUCCAUCCUAACAAACAUCCGUAGCCAUCGCACAACAACUAUCCCUAGUGCCAUCCUACAACCUCCCGUAGUCCACCUAACAACCACCCCGUAGUCCAUCCAACAACCAUCCCCGUAGUCCAUCCUAACAACCAUCCCGUAUCCAUCCUAACAACCAACCCGUAGUCCUCCUAACAACCAUUCCGUUAGUCCAUCCUAACAUCCAUCCUAACACCAUCCGUAGUCCAUCCUCCUAACAACCAUCCCGAGUCCAUCCUAACAACCAUCCUGUAGUCCAUCCUAACAACCAUCCCGGUUAGUCCAUCCUACAACCAUCCCGUAGUCCAUCCUAACAACACCAUCCCGUAGUCCAUCCUAACACCCCGUAGUCCAUCCUAACAACCAUCCCCUAGUCCAUCCUAACAACCAUCCCGUAGUCCAUCCUAACAACCAUCCCGUAGUCCACCUAACAACCACCCCCGUAGUCCUCUAACAACCAUCCCGUAGUCCAUCCUAACACCCACCCACUCCCGUAGUCCUCCUAAACAACCAUCCAGUGUCCAUCCUAACCAACCACCCCGUAGUCCAUCCUAACACCACCCCCGUAUCCAUCCUAACAACCAUCCCGUAGUCCAUCCUAACACCAUCCCGUAGUCCAUCCUAACAACCAUCCCAUAGUCCAUCCUAACAACCAUCCCGUAGUCCAUCCUAAACAACCAUCCACAUCCGUAGUCCAUCCUAACACCAUCCCGUAUCCAUCCUAACAACCAUCCCAUAGUCCAUCCUAAACAACCAUCCCGUAAUCCAUCCUACAACCAUCCCGUAAUCCAUCCUAACAACCAUCCCGUGGUCCAUCCUAACAACCAUCCCGUAGUCCAUCCUAACAACCAUCCCAUAGUCCAUCCUAACAACCAUCCCGUAAUCCAUCCUAACAACCAUCCCGUAGUCCAUCCUAACAACCAUCCCGUAGUCCAUCCUAACAACCAUCCCGUAAUCCAUCCUAACAACCAUCCCGUAGUCCAUCCUAACAACCAUCCCGUAGUCCAUCCUAACAACCAUCCCGUAGUCCAUCCUAACAACCAUCCCGUAGUCCAUCCUAACAACCAUCCCGCAGUCCAUCCUAACAACCAUCCCCGUAAUCCUACAACCCCUAUCACAACCAUCCGUAGUCCAUCCUAACAACCACCCGUAGUCCAUCUAACCAACCAUCCCGUAGUCCAUCCUAACAACCAUCCCGAAUCCAUCCUAACAACCACCCGUAGUCCUAACAACCAUCCCUAACCAUCCUAACAACCAUCCCGUGGUCCAUCCUAACAACCAUCCCGUAGUCCAUCCUAACAACCAUCCCGUAGUCCAUCCUAACAACCAUCCCGUAGUCCACCCUAACAACCAUCCCGUAGUCCAUCCUAACAACCAUCCCGUAGUCCAUCCUAACAACCACCACCGUGUCCAUCCUAACAACCAUCCCGUAGUCCAUCCUAACAACCAUCCCGUAGUCCAUCCUAACAACCACCCCAUAGUCCAUCCUAACAACCAUCCCGUAGUCCAUCCUAACAACCACCCCAUAGUCCAUCCUAACAACCAUCCCGUAGUCCAUCCUAACAACCAUCCCAUAGUCCAUCCUAACAACCAUCCCGUAGUCCAUCCUAACAACCAUCCCGAAGUCCAUCCUAACAACCACCCCGUAGUCCUAACAACCAUCCCGUAAACCAUCCUAACAACCAUCCCGUGGUCCAUCCUAACAACCAUCCCGUAGUCCAUCCUAACACCAUCCUGUUGUCCUACUACAACCAUCCUGUAGUCCAUCCUAACACCAUCAUCCAUCUAACCAUCCCGUAGUCCUAACAACCAUCCCGUAGUCCAUCCUAACAACCAUCCCGUAAUCCAUCCUAACAACCAUCCCAUAGUCCAUCCUAACAACCAUCCCUAUAACUCUCAAUGUUCUGUGUUUUGUAAAUUGACAGUCCCUGUGGGGACCAUGGGGUCCGUGACCAAUCGUGGGUCGGUUUUCAUAUUGUGUCAAAUGAAUCUGAACCUACUUGUUUCUUUACAGGACCCAAUGGGACAGGAGGACACCACCAACCCACAGGUAUGUGUAACAUGUGUUACGCUUUACUAAAAUACAUUAUAAUAACGGCUCAUAGAUGCUUAUAACAAGUUAUAAAGCAUUAUACCUGAAAUAUUUAAGUAUAGUGUUACCGUAUGUUAUAAUUUUCUAUUCCUUUAGUUGUGGCUCGACCCAUUUACAUGAGGUCGCAAUUAAUUUUUAUCCAAUUAACAACUUACUUUACUGCAAUGUGAUAUUUCAGUAUGUUUCGGCUGGACAGUAACUGGUAUGAUUAUCUAAACAUCGAAUCAAAUGUUAUUUGUCACAUGCUUCGUAAACAACAGGGGUAGACUAACAGUGAAAUGCUUACUGACGGGUCCUUUUCCUACAAUGUAGAGUUAAAGAUGAAGAUUUAAUGAGAAGUAAAAUAGAACAGUGAAUAACAAUAACAAGUAAAAAUAACAUGAUUAUAACAGGAAGUACCAGGUAAUAACACGGCUAUAUACAGGAAUUACUAGGUAAUAACACGGCUAUAUACAGGGAGUACCAGGUAAUAACAUGGCUAUAUACAGGAAGUACCAGGUAAUAACACGGCUAUAUACAGGAAUUACUAGGUAAUAACACGGCUAUAUACAGGGAGUACCAGGUAAUAACAUGGCUAUAUACAGGAAGUACCAGGUAAUAACACAGCUAUAUACAGGGGAGUACCAGGUAAUAACAUGGUUAUAUACAGGGAGUACUAGGUAAUAACACGGCUAUAUACAGGGGAGUACCAGGUAAUAACAUGGCUAUAUACAGGGAGUACCAGGUAAUAACAUGGCUAUAUACAGGAAGUACCAGGAAAUAACAUGGCUAUAUACAGGAAGUACCAGGCAGUUCCAGUACAGUCAAUGUGCAGGGGUACGAGGUAACUGAGGUAGAUUUGUACAUAUACAGUGCAUUCGGAAAGUAUUCAGACCCAUUUAAAUAAGUAUUCAUACCCUUUACUCAGUAGUUUGUUGAAGCACCUUUGGCAGUGAUUAAAGCCUCCAGUCUUCUUGGGUAUGACGCUACAAGCUUGGCACACCUGUAUUUGGGGAGUUUCUCCCAUUCUUCUCUGCAGAUCCUCUCGAGCUCUGUCAGGUUGGAUGGGGAGCAUCACUACACAGCUAUUUUCAGGUCUCUCCAGAGAUGUUAGAUCGGGUUCAAGUCCGGGCUCUGGCUGGGCCACUCAAGGACAUUCAGAGACUUGUCCCGAAGCCACUCCUGCAUGGUCUUGGCUGUGUGAUUAGGGUCGUUGUCCUGUUGGAAGGUGAACCUUCGCCCCAGUCUGAGUUCCUGAGCGCUCUGGAGUAGGUUUUCAUCAAGGACUCGCUGUCCUUUGCUCCGUUCAUGUUUCCCUCGAUCCUGACUAGUGUCCCAGUCCCUGCCGCUGAAAAACAUCCCCAUGAUUCACCACCAUGCUUCACUGUAGGGAUGGUGCCAGGUUUCCUCCAGACAUGACACAUGGAAUUCAGGCCAAAGAGUUCAAUCUUGGUUUCAUCAGACCAGAGAAUCUUGUUUCUCAUUGUCUGAGAGUCCUUUAGAUGCCUUUUGGCAAACUCCAAGCGGGCUGUCAUGUUCCUUUUACUGAGGAGUGGCUUCCGUCUGGCCACUCUACGAUAACAGAAUGAUUGGUGGAGUGCUGCAGAGAUGGUUGUCCUUCUGGAAGGUUCUCCCAUCUCCACAGAUGAACUCUGGAGCUCUGUCAGAGUGACCAUCGGGUUCUUGGUCACCUCCCUGACCAAGGCCCUUCUCCCACAAUUGCUCAGUUUGGCCGGGUGGCCAGCCCUAGGAAGAGUCUUGGUGGUUCCAAACUUCUUCCAUUUAACAGUGCUGGAGGCCUCUGUGUUCUUGGACGUUCAAUGCUGCAGACAUUUUUUGGUAUCCUUCCCCACAUCUGUGUCUCGACACAAUCCUGUCUCUGAGCUCUACAGACAAUUCCUUCAGCCUCAUGGCUUGGUAUUUGCUCUGACAUGCACUGUCAACUGUGGGACCUUACAUAGACAGGUGUGUGCCUUUCCAAAUCAUGUCCAAUCAAUUGAAUUUACCACAGGUGGACUCCAAUCAAGUUGUAGAAACAUCUCAAGGAUGAUCAAUGGAAACAGGAUACACCUGAGCUCAAUUUCGAGGUUCAUAGCAAAGGGUCUGAAUACUUACAGUACCAAAUGUUUGGACACACCUACUCAUUCAAGGGUUUUUCUUUAUUUUUACUAUUUUCUACAUUGUAGAAUAAUAGUGAAGACAUCAAAACUAUGAAAUAACACAUAUGGAAUCAUGUAGUAACCAAAGAAGUAUUAUACAAAUCAAAAUGUAUUUUAUAUUUGAGAUUCUUCAAAGUAGCCACCCUUUUUUUUUGUUUGUUUAAUCUUUUACCAGAUCUAUUGCGUUAUGUUCUCCUACAUUCAUUUCACAUUUCCACAAACUUCAAAGUGUUUCCUUUCAAAUGGUAUCAAGAAUAUGCAUAUCCUUGCUUCAGGUCCUGAGCUACAGACAGUUAGAUUUGGGUAUGUCAUCUUAGGCUGAAAUUGAGAUGAAGGGUCUGAUCCUUUUAAUAUCAAUAUCAUACAUUGGAUGCCUAGGUCUACAGGCCUAUAUUCAUGCAAUGCCUUGAUGCAUUUGCACUUAAAUCUCAGACAGCUGAACCGUGAGGUGAAUCAUUUGGCCAAUAUGGCUUGUUUAUUGAUGGCGCUGGCAGCACCCAGUCAACGUUUCUUUCUCUUCCUUUCUACUCUCAGAUCCGAACGGGUCUCUCAGAUCAGAACGGGUCUCUCAGAUCCGAACGGGUCUCUCAGAUCCGAACGGGUCUCUCAGAUCAGAACGGGUCUCUCAAAUCUGAACGGGUCUCUCAGAUCAGAACGGGUCUCUCAGAUCAGAACGGGUCUCUCAGAUCCGAACGGGUCUCUCAGAUCAGAACGGGUCUCUCAGAUCUGAAUGAGUCUCUCAGAUCUGAACCCGGCAUGGGUCUGUUUGGGUCUGUCUUUCCACAGGCCUUUUUGUAACGGGUCUGACUGUCCUCGGGUCCAUUCGGAAUGGGUCUCUAUAUAUCUAAAUAUUUUUUUAUGCAUAUCGGAUCAGGUAGGAAAGCCACGGAUCCAUUUCGGAAUGGGUCAACAUUUCUGGAAGUGUGAAGACCUCUAGUGUGGACCAUGUUAAUUCCUUAGUGAUGUGGACACCGAGGAACUUUAAGCUCUAGAUGCGCUCCACUACAGCCCUGUCGAUAUGGAUGGGGGUAUGCUCGCCCUUCCGUUUCCUGUAGUCCACGAUCAGCUCCUUUGUCUUGCUGACAUUGAGGGAGAGGUUGUUUUUCUGGCACCACAUUGCCAGGUCUCUGACCUCCUCCCUAUAGGCUGCCUUAUCGUGAUCAGUCCUAUCACUGUCGUGUCAUCAAAAAACUUGAUGAUGGAGUUGUAAAGGUCUUACGUCGGCUAUGGACAGCGAGAUCACACGAUAGUUCUGGAACAGUUGUUUGGAACAGCUGGUGCUCUCAUGGAUGGUUCAGUGUUGCUUGCCUCGAACUGAGCAUUGAAGGCAUUUAGCCCAGCGUCGCUGGGCAGCUCGCGGCUGGGUUUCCCUUUGUAAUCCGUGAUAGUUUCCGAGACCUGCCACAUCCAACGAGCAUCAGAGCCGACGUAAUAAGAUUUGAUCUUAGUCCUGUAUUGACGCUUUGGCCUGUUUGAUGGCUCAUCGGAGGUCAUAGCAGGAUUUAUUUUAAGCGUCCAGAUUAGUGGCAGCUCUAGCCUUUAGCUCAGUGCGGAUGUUGCCUGUAAUCCAUGGCUUCUGGUUGGGGUAUGUACGUACGAUCACUGUGGGGACGACAUCGUCGAUGCACUUAUUAAUGAAGCCGGUGACUGAUGUGGUUAAACUCCUCAAAGCCAUCAGAUGAAUCCCGGAAAAUAUUCCAGUCUGUGCUAGCGAAACAGUCCUGUAGCUUAGUAUCCACUUCAUCAGACCACUUGUGUGUUGAGCACGUCACUGGUAUUUCCUGUUUGAGUUUUUGCUUGUAAGCAGGAAGCAGGAGGAUAGGGCCAUGGUCUGAUUUGCCAAAUGGAGGGUGAGGGAGGGCCUUGUAUGUGUUUCUGUGUGUGGAGUAAAGGUGAUCUAGAGUUUUGUCACCUCUAGUUGUACAGGUGACAUGCUAUUUUGGGUCAAAUUUGGUAAAACAGAUUUCAUUUUCCCUGCAUUAAAAUCACCGGCCACUAGAAACACCGGCUCUGGAUGUUAAUUUUCCUUGUUUGCUUAUGGCCCUAUACAGCUGGUUGAGUGCGGUCUUAGUGCCAGCAUCGGUUUGUGGUGGUAAAUAGACAGCUACAAAAUCAUAGAUUAAAACUCUCUUGGUAAAUACUAUGGUCUGCAGCUUAUCAUCAGGUAUUCUAAGUCAGGCGAGCAAAAACUUGAGACUUCCUUUAACAUUAGAGAUCGCACACCAGCUGUUGUUAACUAAGAGACACACCCCUCCUCCCCUCGUCUUACCCGAGUCUGCCGUCCAGUCUUGACCACGCAUAGAAAAACCAACGAGAUGUAUAUUAACCAUGUCCUCGUUCAGCCACGACUCAUAGAAAAACAUGGAGUAGCACCGGUUUUUCAUGUCCCGUUGAUAGGAUAGUCUCGAACGGAGCUCAUCCAGUUUUUUCUCCAGUGACUGAACGUUUGCCAUUAGAACAGAGGGCAAUGGCGUUCUAUUUGCUCACCGACGUAGUCCAGUCAGGAUGCUGCCUCGCCUGCCUCUCUUUCGCAGCCACUUCCUCUUUCGAGUCCUGGGCCUGGUCCGGAGUAAGCAGAACAUCCAGAGCUCCUGACUGGUCGAAGUAGACAUUUCAUCCAAAUUGUGUUUACUGAUUGCUGUUCCGAUGUCCAGAAGCUAUUUUCGGUCAUAGGAAGUGAUGGCAGAGACAUCAGAUGGCUACUAUCCACUGCAGCGCCAUAUUUCUUUAUCAGGUUAAUACAGGUCAUUGUCAUAUCAUCUUAUUUUUCUCUCUGUCUGCAGUCACCCGAACCAGAGACUGGACAUGGUGAGUGGUCACCCUUAAGAAUAUCCUAGAAAUAGAAUAUCUGGUGGUACGUAAGUCUAAAAAAACACAGCUUUAAGCUUCUCUCCUUCUCUCACCCUCCUCUCCACUCUGAAAACCAGCCAUGCCAGACAAGCCCCUGCAUCUCACCGGCCCCACAGCCCAGGCACCCCCUACAUCCCAGGCACCCCCUACAACCCAGGCCCCCCUUACAUCCCAGCCCCCCCCUACAUCCCAGGCUCCCCCUACAUCCCAGGCCCCUCCUACAUCCCAGCCCCCCCCUACAUCCCAGGCCCGCCCUACAUCCCAGCCCCCCCCUACAUCCCAGGCCCCCCCUACAUCCCAGGCUCGCCCUACAGCAGAGCUGGACCGGUCAGAUGACCAGGUGUACCAGGCAGUCAUGGAGCUGGUCCAGGUGGUGGUGCAGCUGAAGAACAACGUCAACACACUACAGCCCGAGGAGUACAUCACCAUCAUCAAGGUACAGUAAGACACGGAGCCGAUGACUUCGGAUACUGUCUAAUAGCAUUCAUGCAGUUGGCUAUGAGGGCGUUAGCUGCAUUAAUAAGGUUACAAAAGGUUCAUUUGAAAUGUAUAACCGUCUUCUCUCUUCAGUCUGUGGGGCUGACCUUAAGGAGUCUGAUACGCAGUGUGGAUGAUAUUCUACCCACCCUCCAUAAGUCCAUUAGGACAGAGGUGAGAGUGAACAUAUGUCAUAUUAUUAAGAGGUGAGAGUGAACAUAUGUCAUAUUAUUAAGCAGAAAAAAAAUAUAAAACAGACUGUCAAAUCUCUUAUCGCCCUAUCUCAUCCACUCUCCUCUCCUCUCCUCUCCUCUCCUCUCCUCUCCUCUCUCUCCUCUCCUCUCCCUCUCCUCUCCUCUCCUCACCUCUGUCCUCCUCUCUAUCCUCAUCCACUCUCCUCUCCUCUCCUCUCACCUCUGUCCCCUAUCUCAUCCACUCUCCUCUCCUUCCUCUCCUCUCCUCUCCCCUCCUCUCACCUCUGUCCCCUAUCUCUCCACUCUCCUCUCCUCUCACUCUUCCCUUCCAUCCCCUCUCUCUCCUCUCACCUCUCCCCUCUCUCACCUCUCCCUUCUCCCCCUCUCUCCCUCUCACCUCUGUCCCCUAUCUCAUCCCCUCUCCUCUCCCUUCCUCUCACCUGCCCUAUCCUCCUUCCUCCAUCUCACCUCUCCUCUCCCCUUCUCCUCCUCUCCCCUCCUCUCCUCUCCUCUCAACUCUGUCCCCUAUCUCAUCCACUCUCCUCCUCUCGUCUCCUCUCCUCUCCCUCUCUCCUCUCUCUCCCCUCCUCUCCUCUCCUCUCCCCUCUCCUCCCUCCUCUCAACUCCUCUCCUCUCCUCUCCUCAUCCGCUCCUCUCCCUCCUCUCCCUCCUCUCCUCUCCUCUCCUCGGUCCUCUUCCCUCUCCUCUCCUCUCUCCCUCUCUCCCUCUCCUCCCCUCCUCACCUCUGUCCCCUAUCUCAUCCACUCUUCUCUCCUCUCCUCUCCUCCUCUCCUCUUUCCCCCUGGUCAAUUUGAACAAUGACAUGGCAGAGUUGACUAACUAUUCCCUGUCUCCCUUCUCUCCUCCCCCUCUUUUCCCCUGGUCAGAUUGAGGGGACCCAGAAGCUCUUGAACAACGACAUGGCAGAGUUGAUCAGUAAAAUGCGUCUGGCCCAGCAGAACGCUGUCACCUCUCUGAAGGAGGAGUGUAAGAAACAGAUGCUGACUGCAGCACACAACCUGGCCAUGGAUGGGAAGAACCUCCUGGAUGCUGUGGACCAGGCCAGGGUCAGGGCCAACCUGGCCAAGCCCAAACCGGAGAGCCCAUAG